UACUAAUAAAGGGGGUUCUUCUUGUUAAUCAUAUUUAUAGGAUAGCCCUCUCCCUCUCCCUGACCUCCUCUCCUCCAUCAACAUCCACAACCCAUCUCCCUCCCUGUCUCUGACACACCCUAAUCCCAGAUCUCUCUGCAACAAAACCAAACAUGAAAAACCCGGUUCUUUUUUUACCUUAGAACUCUCAGAUUUCCACAGAAAAAAAAUGUCAGCAAUUAAGAGCAUAAUUAACAGGUCAAGAUCACACAGGGUGGUCCAGUACAGCUCAGCACCAGACCUGAGUCUGUUUGGAGUUGGAUGUGGUGCAGAAACUACUUCAUGUUGGGCUAAUUUGCCACAAGAAUUAUUAAGAGAAGUGCUUAUUAGAAUAGAAGAAUCGGAGAGCAGCUGGCCACCAAGAAAAAAUGUGGUGGCUUGUGCUGGGGUUUGUAGGAGUUGGAGACGUAUAACUAAAGAGUUAGUUAAAGUCCCUGAACUUUCUGGCAAACUCACUUUCCCGAUAUCUGUCAAGCAGCCUGGUCCAAGGGAUUUUCUCCUUCAGUGCUUCAUAAAGCGGUGCAGAUCCGCUCAAACAUACCGUCUUUAUCUCGGUCUAAAUAAUGCAUUAACUGAAGACGGGAAGUUCCUUCUUGCUGCGCGCAAGUUUAGACGCCCCACCUGCACGGAUUAUAUCAUUUCUCUAGUUACUGAUGAUAUGUCAAAGGGAAGCGGUGCUUAUGUUGGGAAACUUAGAUCCAAUUUUCUCAGAACCAAGUUCACGGUCUUUGAUGGACAGCCCCCUCAUGCUGGAGCCAAAAUGACAAAAAGUCGCUCCUCAAGGCUAGUAAAUUUGAAACAAGUUUCUCCAAGAGUCCCUACUGGCAAUUACCCAGUGGCUAGCAUCUCAUAUGAAUUGAAUGUAUUGGGUUCCAGCAGGGGUCCUAGGAGAAUGCAUUGCAUUAUGGAUGCCAUCCCCGCUGCUGCCAUUGAACCUGGUGGAAUAGCUCCCACACAGACCGAGUUUUCUCACCACAGUGUAGAUUUCUUACCAUCACUGCCCUUUUUCCGGUCAAAGUCAAACCGAGUUGAGAGCUUUCGAUCAGGAUCCUUGUCCAGUCAGAGAGAAGGAGCUUUGGUGCUGAAAAACAAGGCUCCAAGGUGGCAUGAACAGCUCCAGUGUUGGUGUUUAAACUUCCAUGGACGAGUUACAGUUGCUUCAGUGAAAAACUUUCAGUUGGUUGUUUCCCCAGAAAAUGGACCAGCUGGGCCAGAACAUGAGAAUAUCAUCCUCCAAUUUGGCAAAGUUGGAAAGGAUUUGUUUACCAUGGAUUACCGCUAUCCAAUCUCCGCAUUCCAAGCAUUUGCGCUGUGCCUCAGUAGCUUUGACACCAAAAUAGCUUGUGAAUGAUGACUCAUGAUUGAGCAGAAGCUUGAUCAUAGGCAUCUCUUUAUUGAAGAUUAGUAUCGGUGCUAUAUGUCCAGUGAUGGGUCUUUAGUGCACCUGCAAGCCUUUUUCCUGGCCAUCAACGAGUUUCGGUCUGUCAUGCAUGUCCAGGUGGGAUGGAGUUUUCUCCGUUGAUGGCGGUGCAAUAAAGUUUGUGGGGGUGACGGAUAUGCAAAUGAAAUGCAGAUAUGCUGCUUGCUUGUUUGAAGGUUUUCAGAUGAUGGCGUGGAUUCUAACUUCUAUCAAGAUGUAGGAAGAGACGUGGCAUUUAUAAUUAAGGACUGGAAGUGUCAUCUAUGAUGCUGUGUGUAUAUAUAUUUUACUCAGCGUUGUCUUAUCUUUUUAUUUUAUUUUCUCCUAUUUGCCUUCUUUCUUUCCCUUGAACUUCUUUUUAUUUAUUUCGUGGCCGUGUAACUGUUUGUCACUUCAAUUAUUUGUUGAGACUCAAGAU